CUUACGUCACAGGGCGCCACGAAGCGGUUGUGGCAGCGGGCGCCCCGUUACGUCAUCAAUCCGCACCAAGCAGCAUGGCGAAGGCCGCGGCGGGCUGUGGCCUUCUGUUGAUCCGUGAGCAGUACCUGCUCAGCGCCCGCAGGGAAGGUGCAAAAGGAAGAUGGGGCUUGCAAUUCCUAUGCUCCCCUUACAGAUUUUGUAGUACCGGAAUAAUUUUGGAUGACAUCAACAAACCGGUUAUUGACCGAAUAAUCAGAGUGGAUCACGCAGGCGAAUAUGGGGCAAAUCGCAUUUACGCCGGUCAGAUGGCUGUGUUAGGCCGAAGUUCAGUUGGACCAGUCAUUCGUCAAAUGUGGGAACAAGAGAAGGACCAUUUGAAACAAAUGAAGGACUUGAUGAUUUUGUACAGAGUCCGUCCAACCAUUUUGUUACCUGUGUGGGACGUUGCAGGCUAUAUGUUAGGCGCUGGCACAGCUUUGCUUGGGAAGAAAGCUGCAAUGGCCUGCACGGUGGCCGUAGAAGAAAGCAUCGCUGACCAUUAUAACAACCAGAUCAGGGUCCUUGUAGAAGAAGAUCCCGAGAAAUACAAGGAGUUAUUACAGAUCAUCAAGAAACUUCGGGAUGAAGAGACGCAGCAUCACGACACCGGACUUGACUUCGAUGCUGAACUGACUCCGGGAUACUCCAUUUUGAAGAAUGCUAUACAACUUGGAUGUAAAGCAGCCAUAUUUUUAUCGGAAAGAAUUUAAAUUUGGUCCCGGUAGAUUUAUUGCUAAUUAAGAGGUUAUUACUCCUGUGUUUCCAGUAGAGCGAAACUAUCCUUAGAUCUUGUGGAAAAGUCUCUAGAUGGGGAUUAUUUUAUUUUCUUUGUUCUUCUUGUCAGUGGGGGAAAGUCGAUGGUUACCAUUUUGGCUCGUCUGUCUGAAAUUGCUGGAAACUUGCUGAUGAGUUUAGACAGCUGUUUUCACGCGCUUUCCGGCUGCAAAACUGACCGCAGUUUUGCUGCAAUUUCGGGGGCAAUUGCAACAUCUUUUUUUUCCAACGAAAGGAAUUCCUUGUAGAAUAGCCAUUUAUAGCCUCCCCUCCUGAGAUACUUUAACUUAUUAUUAAAGUUUGUGCCGAAAAGCAAGUCACACUUCCUAAAAACCAAUCAUGUUUUCAAACGGGAAGAUUCGGGAGUAGAUGUUGUUGAAAUAAAUGGUGCUUCAUUUCAAAGA